UUCGCGAGACGUGUCAGACAGAGCGUGCAUCGCCGACUUCCGUCUACGAAACAGGGCAGGCGUGUGUUCCGAGCGUACAGCAGGAGGUGGCUCUACGGUGACACUGCUGGCGGGCGAUACGAGACUGGCAGCACACAGGGAGGUCCUGGCUGCCAGGAGCCCAGUGUUUGCCGCCAUGCUCCAGCCCGACACCCUGGAGUCCAGCAGCGGCGAGAUCCCCGUCACUGACGUGGAGGGUCCAGUGCUGAGCCUGCUGCUGGCCUACAUGUACACCCUGCAGGCCCCACAGGUACCGAGAGUGGCCCCCAAGCUGUUGGCAGCCGCAGACAGGUACGGCUUGUUGGCCCUGAAGGGUGAGUGUGAGAAGCAGCUGGUCGCUCAGCUGGCUGUGGAGACCGCAGCGGCAACAGCGGUGCUCGCCGUGAGGCAUUCGUGCCGAAACCUCACGUCAGCGGUCGUCGCCUUCAUAAAGGCCAACUUAGGGGUGAUGGCGACGCAGGGCUGGGCAGACGCAAUGCGUAAUGAGCCUCGAGAGUUGAUUGAAGUGAGUCGACUACUGGCUGAGCCAUCAGAAGAAACCAAGGUGCCGACCACCACCCCCGGGACUCACAAUCAGCCCCACAGCAACCAGGGCCAGACUCCUGUCACAGCUACACUACCGACACCUCCCCACCAUGAUUAUCAGUUUGACAAUGCUGCCAUCUCUCACAUGCGGGACCUUUCUGAAGAAGAGAAGGGCAGGAGGCUGAUCCAGGCAGCUGAGCAGGGGUCAGUGGAGAAGGUUCGACUGCUGCUCAAAGCAGGUGCAGGUGUGGGGGCGGUGGAGGAGGGCAAUUGGACUGCCCUCCACUGUGCAGCAGAACGAGGGCACGUGGAAGUAGUGAGGUGCUUGAUCGAUGGUGGGGCAGAGGUUGAUGCGAGGACCAAAUGGCAGCACACGCCACUACACUUGGCUGCCAUAUGUGGCCACACGGAUGUGGUGAGGCUGCUGGUGGCUUCCCGUGCUGACCUCAACCCCAGAGACCACCAGGGGAUGACGCCUCUGCACUGGGCAGUAGACCACGGUAACUCGGAGGUGGUGGCUGCUCUUCUAGAGGCAGGGGCUGACACUGAGGGCAGGGAUGAGCGUGGGGACACUGCCCUCGACUGUGCUACACGGGUCAACCGACAGGAGCUCAUAAAGAUACUAUCACGAAGGUAGCAGGCACAAAACAAAACAUUGCUACACAUCUUUCCGUUUUUGUAAAUAAAGCAUUCCAAAUAUUAA